CUGCCAAACCGGGGAUAAGUACAAAACCAGGAGAAAGAUGGGAGACGUCAGAGCCUCUGUGUCUGUGUUCACGGUAAGAUCGUCGACUAGAUUCCAUUCCGUUUCCAAUUCCGAUCAAAUUUUCCAGAUGGGUUGAUUCCAAAACCAAUGAGAGCAACAAUGGGGGAAGAAGAGAAGCAGGGAGCCAAAGAAACAGAGCAGAGCCAAAACUCGUCGGAAUCUUCCUCCGGUGAAUCAAGUCUCCGGCGAAUUAUCGAGUCCAUUACAUCUCUGAUUUCGCUUUCUUAUUCCAUAAAAAUCUUUGCGGCGAAAUGGAAAACGAUAAGGACCAAGCUCGAAGAUUUGAACUCCGGCCUAGUGGCCGUACAAAACUGCGAGGCCAGCGAAAACCCUGCUGUCUCAGGCAUUGUGUCGAAUACAUGGAAGACGGUCAACGAGUGUCACGACCUCGCUCGUCGCUGCGUCGAUCUUUCGUACAGCGGGAAGCUCCUGAUGCAGAGCGACUUGGACAUGCUUUCCGCAAGACUCGAUCUUCACGCAAGAAACCUGUCGGAGGUUUACAACGCCGGAGUUUUGACACGGCGGUUCGCGAUCGUCGUUUCGAGGCCCGGCAACGGAGCUUGCAGAGACGACAUGAGGUUCUACGUCAGAGACUUGAUGACGAGGAUGAAGAUUGGCGACGCGGAGAUGAAACGACUGGCGUUGCUUAAUCUGCACGAGGCUGUCGUGGAAGACGAUAAGUAUGUUAAAGUCGUCGUUGAACAUACCGAGAUUGUGCAUUUACUGAUUAGUUUUCUUGAUUUUUCGCAUGAGGUUGAAAUCCAAGAGUUGUCUGCGAAGAUUGUUUCUGUUAUUUCUGGGUUUCGUCCGUACAAGGUUGUUCUGAUCGGAGCCGGGAUUAUCGCGCCGUUGAUUCGGGUUUUGGAGACUGGGAGUGAGGUUGGGAAAGAAGAAGUUGCAAAGAGCUUACAGAGAUUAACCGAAAAUUCGGAUAAUGGGUGGUCGAUUUCAGCUCACGGCGGAGUUACGGCUCUGCUUAAGUUAUGUUCCGGCGGCGAUGGCGGCGAAAUCAGAUCAGAGUUGGUUGGUCCUGCUUGCGGGGCACUCAAAAAUCUUGUUGGCAUUGAAGAAAUCAAGAGAUUCAUGGUUGAAGGAGGUGUAAUUUCGACGUUUAUCAGGCUCACAAGGUCGAAAGACGAAGUCUUGCAGAUCAAUUCGAUUGAGUUUCUGCAAAACAUUGCUUCUGGGGACGAGGCAAUUCGGAUUAUGGUGGCGAAAGAGGGCGGAAUUCGAGCGUUGGUUCGCGUUUUGGAGCCUCGAUCGGUGGCUUGUUCUUGUAAAGUGAGGGAGACGGCAUUGAGGGCAAUAGAGAAUUUGUGUUUUUGGAAUGUGAGUUCGAUUAGUGUUCUGAUCAAGUACGGUUUUGUUGAUCAGCUCAUGUUCUUUCUACGAAAUGGGGAGGUUUCGAUUCAAGAACUGGCGCUAAAAGUGGCGAUUAGGAUGUGUGGGAAAUCAGAGGAGGCCAAUAAGGCAAUGGGGGAUGCAAAUUUCAUGACGGAGCUGGUCAAUUUCCUCGAUUCAAAGUCGUUUGAGGUUCGAGAAAUGGCGGCUGAGGCGCUGUCGAACAUGGUCUCAGUCCCGAAAAAUAGAAAACGAUUCGUGCAGGAUGAUCGCAACAUGCGCCUCCUUUUGCAGCGGUUCGAUCCGGAGCAAGUAAAUUCGGGCAACACGAAGCCCUUGUUCUCCAUUUUGAUGUCGCUGACGAGCUGCAACGGUGGGAGGAGGAAGAUUGCGCAUUCGGGUUACUUGAAAAACAUCGAAAAACUUGCAGAAGAUCAAGUUUCGGAUGCCAAGAAGCUUGUCAAGAAGUUAUCCACAAACAGAUUUCGUAGCAUGUUGAGUGGAAUCUGGCGUUGAUUCUUGAAUCAAAUGUAGGGUUUUUGUCUUUAUAUAAUUUUCAUUUAAUUUUUGUUUGCAAUUUUUGUUCAUAACUUGUAUAUCUGCAUAAAAGGGUAUUUCCAAGUUUUUAAUUGUUUGUCAAGCCCAAGUUGGAACUCCAAAUUUCAUCUUUAUUAUCCUCUUUCACAUCA